AGUAGUUCAAAACACUCAGUCAAAUAAAACCGAAAUUCAUUUAGUCAUCCCAAUUUAGGUUUUUUAUUAACUACAUGAGAAAUAAGUAUCCAAACUGCAAUAUUUGAAAUUCUUCACUGGCAGUGUGUGCGCUUCGCUGUGAAUGGACAUUAGCCCCAACCAACUUUUUAUUUCAUUUGUUUAAACCGAAAACGUGAAAUGUUAAUAAAUGUGUGCCGAGUUUGCGGCAGGAGCCGGCUAUGCCCCAAAGCCGUGGAGCUCUUCAAGCCCGGCAGACAGGCUAUUCUUCGCCGCAUCCAACUUAUAACCGGAAUUCGCCUUCAGCAGAUUCCCAAUGCUCCGGAUAUGGUGUGCUUUUGCUGCCAGAUCGAUCUCCAAUCGGCCACAAUUUUCCGGAGGCAGUGCAUACUGCAGCAGAAGAAAUGGGUGCCAUUACAGCACAGCGAUGAAGUGGGGGCCAGCGAGGAAAAGAAGGUGGAACCCAAUGAUCCCUCAACCAAGAAGAAAACGACCCAGCGUCGAAAGGGGCGACCCAGGAUGCCACUGGAAAUUGUGGAUAUUGUCGUAGCGAACGGGAAUAAGGCUUCAGCAGAUGCACCAGUUGGUGGUGAUGAAUUUGAUCAGCCGGUGGAGAUCUCCAAUGAACCGGAUGCCACCGAUAGCGAUGUUAACCUGGAGGAAAUAGAUCUUCCGGAUGAGGAUGGCUUGGAGUCGGAUCACGAUUUACCGAAUGUUCAAAUCCACAAGUGCGACACUUGUGGAGAAAUCAAAAACAAUAAAUCAUCUCUGGUCAGGCAUCAGUUUGAACAUAAUGGACUAAGACCAUAUCCCUGCAAGGAGUGUCCAAAGACCUUUUUGUCACCGAGUGAUCUGAAGGCACAUAAUCUCACCCACCACACAUUGGAGCCCCCGUUCGCCUGUCGCUACUGCGAUCGUCGCUACUUCUCCGUGGUGGGCAGGAAGAAGCACGAGCGGGUCCACACCAACGAGCGACCAUUUGUGUGCGAUCAUUGCGGCAAGGCCUUCACCAGGACCUGCAUCCUGAAGGCUCACAUGGCGUCCCACCAAGUUGUGAGGAAGUAUAGUUGCGAUGUCUGCGAUCGUUCGUUCAGCCUGAAGAAACAUCUCGCUACGCACUUCAUCUCCAAUACCCACAAGCGGAAUGCUAAAGCCGUCACCUCGUCGUCGGAGUACAUGUCCAUGCUCAGUUUUGAAUCUGAUGAAACCUGGUUCCAAGGCACCCCACUGACCAGUUCCGUUGACGAAGAUCUGGUGCAGUCGCAAUUCGACCUGUUGUGUCAGGAAGUUUGAUUCAUCUCAAGAUGCCAUUUGAUUUAUCAAAAUACCAAAAAAAAUUAAAUUUAGGUAAGAGCUAAUCUGCAAAGACUUAGUAACAGCUGAAACCACAAAAGACAAUAUCAAA